AUGAGAUGCCUCAGCUCCCUACCAGGAUAUGUGCAAAGACCAAAUAGUGUUCCCAACUACAAUGAUGAAAUAACAUUUCAGUCUUAUCUUGCUGCUGCUUUUGCUAAGAAGCUAAGCAAGCUAGCACUUACAGUCCCUCCUUCUGGAGGUCUUGUUAUUAUUGCUCUUAUUCAUAAUCUUUUGAGAAGACAUCCUUCAAUCAACUGUUUAGUCCAUCAGGAGGAUGAUGGUGAAACUGAAACAGUCAAAUCAGGCAUUGAUCAUUUCAAUAAUGAGGAAACUGAUCUUCUUAAAACCAAUGCUAUGAAGUCUGUGACAUCUAAGUCACAACUAGAGCAACAGAAGAGGGAUGAAGUUUUUCUGAAAGACGGAAUACCAACAUUGUUUGCAGGGUGA